AUGGACUCCAUUAUCCAUCUACUGAAUCCUUUAGGGAGUGUAGUUGCCAUUCCUACAUUGUUGAUACUGUGGUUUUCCAUGAGGCUAUACCAAGCAAUAAGCAAAUUUAGGAAUCUGAAAGCUCAAGGCAUCCCUAUCAUGACCCACUCGUUCCUCCUAGGCCAUCUUCUUAUUGUACGCCAGUUCUACCUUGAUUGGGCUUCAGAUGCGAAUUUCAUUCAAACUUUUGGGUACUACAUCAGUAAACACUGGAGGAGAUUCUCUCCAGACGAGGAUCAAUGCCCUCCGGUUGUCUAUGUUGACGUCUGGCCCAUUUCAGCCCCCAUGGCUUUUUCUAUGGAAGCAUACGUCUCUUAUCAGAUAGAGAUUGGGACGACCUUGCUCCCCAGGUCUCCCAUGCAAGGGGAAUUCUUGAACCCAAUUUCGAAGGGAAAGGACCUUAACUGCGAGAAUGGCGCAUGGGGCCAGGUCUUCCAGCUCGAGCAAAUCUCAUCUAACUUAGCCUUUGAUGUCGCUGGCAGGGUUGUUCUGGGCACUCGGUUGAACUCACGGUCACCUAACCCAUCCCUGUUUACUGUGGCUUACCGAGAACAACUUGAACGUAUGGAAAUCACUCUUAAUGUCUUCAAACUCAUCUGGAGGGCAACGCCGAUGUUUAAGCUCGCUGUGAGAAGAAAGAGGCAGCAGCUCUUUGAAUUUCUGAGGCCAUUUGUCAUGGACAGCUUUGGCACACCUAAGCCUGGACCCCGGACCAUACUCCAGGCUGGAGUCAAAGAAGUUAAUCAUGGGGCUAUAGAGAAAGGAACCUCCACUCCCAUUCCAGGAGAGUCACUCAUCGAGCUUGUGUUCUGCCAACUGAUGGUCUUCUUUUUCGGCGGGGAUGAUAUAGUAUCGAUUACUCUUCCACAGAUAUUUAGACAUCUCCAACUCCAUCCUGAAUGCCUUGCGAAACUUCGUGCUGAGCAUGAUACAGUCUUCGGUCCUGAUCCGAAUAUCGCCGCCGAUAUGAUACGGGAAGCUCUUCAUAUUUUGGACUCACUGUCGUACGCACAAGGGGUCAUCAAAGAGAGCCUACGCCUAAACCCGGCGACUAUCACGAUCCGGAAAGGGCAGCCAAAUUUUACGUUCAAGAUAGCUGGCUCAGAUAUAGCGUGGCUAACACAGGGGUUCGAUCUUUUCGACAGCAGUAUAACCAUACAUCGAGAUCCGGCAAAUUUCCCAGAUCCCCUUGAUUUUAUUCCCGAACGAUUCAUGGUGCCGGAAAACGAUCCCUUACAUCCACCAAAGAAUGCGUGGCGAGCUUUCCAGCUUGGGCCUAGGAAAUGCAUUGGCCGGGAAUUAGUAAUGGUUGAGCUCAAGCUGGCCUUGGUGCUUGUCGCCAGAAAAUUCGAUGUUGAAAUGGCUUGGGAAGAGUGGGACAAGAUGAGAGAGAAGCAGGGAUUGAAAGUGACGAAGCAAGUGGUGGAGGGCGAUAUAAUGUAUACCACUGGAAAAUUGACAUCGCAUCCUAGGGAUGGCGCACCGGCACACUAUUUCAAGAUUAGAACGUCCACAUCUGGAGGCUCAGCCUUCGCAAUCUUCGAAUCGUCUCAGGCAGCAAGCGACGCAAUCGGCGCCUCACCGUUGAUUGUUUCCCUCUCUGAUCCGUCGAUACCAAACAAUUCUGGCUUUCCUACUCAAAACGAUCAUAUCAACUCCUCUAGCCUUGACGGGCGCGCUCCAAACUCUCACGAUGACGCUCACAGCCAGACCAUCGAAUGCACAAUCGCAGCUUCGGAAUAUGACCACGAAGGAAAUAUGCGCAAGAACCCAUAUAACAUGGGCUUCCAAAUUUCACGCCAUUGGCUAGAGGUACAAGAUUUGAUGCGCUCGCCAAUUUGCCGCGCACCCCUCGCGGAAUAUGCCGAUUGCUUUACGAGGCGGAAAUUUUCGAUGCCAUUUCGGAUUCAAGACCGGAUCUAUGAUGAGACCGUUAAGGCUGGAGGUACUUCGCUAAUGGAUAUGUGGAGACAAGGCCUGGAAGCGAAGAAGAGGGAAGAGGCAGGGAGCCACGAUAUUGAUCAGUCCAAGCAGAAGCUAGACUCAGCUUGA